AUGGUUUUCCUCGUUUCUGACAUAAAACACAGGUGUGCUAUUCCUGAACUGACAAACGACACUUACCAAGUUCAAAGCGAAGCCCAUGCAAAGCUUAUUAAAAAAUACAUACCUGAAGAGAUAGUGGAUGGGAAACUCGUGUACAGUAAAUGUCAUAUUUAUGUCAACAAAGGUGUAAUCAGAAAACAGACGCUAACUAAUUGUACUUCUUGGGUCUAUGACAAAUCAAUAUUUCAAACAUCUUUGACCAGUGACUCUAAUUUAGUGUAUUUCAUCGCUAUGCUCUGUUGCGGUUGGCUUCCUGAUAGAUUUGGACGAAAGAAAGUCAUUAUUGCUGCGCUCAUGCUUGAAGGUAUAACUGGAAUUCUAUAUUCGCAAAUUAUGGACAUCAAUAUGAUUCUCAUUCUUCGUUUUUUGACAGCUUUUGGAAGUUCUCUAUGUUAUAUGCCAUCAGUUGUGUUUGGAGCUGAAAUUUCAUCAACGAAAAACAGAGCGUGUGCCUCUAUCAUUAUUCAACUGUAUUUAACCGCCGGAUACAUCGUUAUUAGCAUAUUGGCGUAUUACAUACGAACCUGGAAAUUGCUUGUUCUAUUGGUUUCUAUACCCACAAUACCAGUUGCAUUGCUUUACUUUUGGUUAUUACCAGAAUCCCCACGUUGGCUACUAACUGUAAAAAAGGAAAAGGAAGCAGAAAUAAUUUUGAAUAAAAUGGCCAAAGUUAACAAUCGCAAUUUCAGUUACAAAUCAGACGAAAUAGAAAUAUCGGUGGUCGAAGAUCGGACUGUCAGGCUCUGGAAAAUAUUCACGAUUCCAAAACUUCGAAAAAGAACUUUCAUCCUGAUGUUUAACUGGUUUGUGGUGAGUUUUGCGUAUUAUGGGAUGGUGCUACAUACUGAACAUCUGAGUGGUAACAUCUUCCUGAAUUUCUUAUUUGGUGCACUCGUGGAAAUCCCUGCGUAUCUCAUGUGUGUCGUUUUAUUGGACCGUAUCGGUAGGAAGAAAUUGUACAUUGCCUUCAUGGCUAUUGGAGGAAUUUGCGGAAUCAUGAUAAUUUUUUCAUUGAUGUAUACUCCUGGUGAUUUUCAACGGAAUAAAACCUCAUUGGCUCUCUUAAGCAGAUUGUGCAUCACUGGUUCUUACGGUAUUAUUUAUCUACACACCUGUGAAUUGUACCCUACCUGUGUGAGAAAUGGAGCAUUGGGAUAUCUCUCUACUUUUGCUACAUUGGGUGGUACGAUAUCACCCUACAUAAUAAUGACACGAACCCUUGCAACUGGAAUGCCUCUUAUUUCUUCCUUCCUGAAACCAACAAUAAACCAAUAG